AUGUCGAACAAGUUCCACUGCGAUAUAUGUUCGUCGGAUUGCACAAAUCGGGUUCGGAUCUCGUGCGCAGUGUGCCCAGAAUAUGAUCUAUGUGUGCCAUGUUUUUCGCAGGGCCUAUAUAAUGGGAACCACCGGCCGUACCAUGACUACCGGAUCAUCGAAACAAAUUCGUACCCGAUUUUAUGCGACGACUGGGGGGCAGACGAGGAGCAAGCGCUGAUUAAGGGCGCGCAGACGCUGGGACUGGGUAACUGGCAGGACAUUGCGGACAACAUUGGGUCGCGGGAGAAGGAAGAGGUGUACGAACACUAUGUCAAGUACUACCUGAAAAGCGAUUUCUACCCGAUCCCGGACAUCACAAAGGAUAUACGAGUACCACAGGAGGCGUUUCUGGAAGAGCGGAAACGGCGGAUUGAGCGCUUCCGCGAGAAGCCUCUGCAGCCGCCGCGUAAGCCGCUCGCAUCGGUCCCAUCGUGCCACGAGGUACAGGGGUUCAUGCCUGGGAGGCUGGAAUUCGAGACUGAAUUCGAGAACGAUGCAGAAGGCCCAGUAAAGGACAUGGUUUUUGAGCCAGAUGACCAGCCUCUGGAGAUCGAGGUGAAGUUGGCGAUACUCGACAUAUACAAUUCUCGUCUGACUACGCGUGCUGAGAAGAAGCGUCUACUGUUCGAAAAUAAUCUGAUGGAUUACAGGCGACUGCAGAGUAUUGACAAGAAACGCUCCAAGGAGGCCAAGGAGCUCUAUAACCGUAUCAAACCACUAGCCCGCAUAAUGUCACCACAAGACUUUGAAGAGUUCAGCAAAGAUGUGCUGGAAGAGUUGCGGUGCAGAACACGGAUUGCACAGCUACAGGAGUGGAGGAUGAACGGAAUUACCACGCUUGAGGCCGGCCUUAAAUACGAACGUGACAAACUAACUAGAAUUCAGACCCUGGAGAGGUUUGGCUCCUCUAUAUAUGGUUCUUCUGCCCAGGCGAACUCUAAUAGGUAUAGGGCGUCAGCAGCGCAUAGGACAGCAUCCGAGUUCAGUCAAAACUACUCCGACUGUGGCAAUAGGAAGAAAGCCAUCACCACUGGCGAUAUACAACAUGGUGCGGACUUUGGAUUACUUUCUCCGGAAGAACAGCAACUCUGCAUCCAGCUGAAGAUUAUGCCAAAGCCGUACAUUGCAAUUAAAGAAGUGAUAUUCAGAGCUCUCUUACGCACCGGCGGUAUGCUGAAGAAGAAGCAUUGCCGCGAACUGCUAAAUAUAGACCAGGCGAAGGCCAACAAAAUUUAUGAAUUCUUCAGCUCUCAAAAUUGGUUAUAG